GACGAGUAGUGUGAGAGAGAAGCGUGAGUGAGAGUGUAACUAGAGUGUUCCUGGGGGCCGGGAGAGCUGACCCGGCGGGACCCAAACACUGGACCUGACGACGCUCAACCAUGCCAAAAUACUACUGUGAUUACUGCGACACUUACCUCACACAUGACUCCCCCUCGGUGCGGAAGACUCACUGCCAGGGGCGAAAACACAAGGAAAAUGUCAAAAUAUACUACCAGAAGUGGAUGGAGGAGCAAGCUCAGUCUCUGAUUGAUGCAACAACUGCUGCAUUUAAAGCUGGGAAGAUCCCAAAGGGAGCAGCCAUUCCUCCACCGACCAGCAUGCAAGGAGGACCAGGAGGUCCUGUUGGGCCAGGGGGUCCAGUGGGUCCAGGGCCUCAGAACAUGGGUGGUCCAGGAGGUCCUCCAAGAGGGCCAGGAAUGGGGAACAUGGGCCCUCCAGGCAUGGCUGGUGCAAACAUGCCAGGCAACAUGGGUAUGCCCCCCAUGGGUCCAAGAGGACCCAUGAUGGGGCCACCAAUGAUGGGUGGCCCUCCGGGUCCUGGCAUGCCACCUGGUAUGAUGCCAGGUAUUUCAGGAAUGCGACCUCCGAUGGGUGGUCCCAUGGGACCAAUGAUGAUGGGCCCUGGUGGGAUGCGACCUCCAAUGAUGGCCGGACCUCCACAAAUAAGACCAUAAAUCAUAUUUAUAUAGAACUUAUAGUAAGAAUUUUGAUGUACACAAUGAACAUUUUGAGAUAGAUGACCUGAAAAUUUUAUAGACAGUUCUACAGUACUGGAGAUGGGUUAAUAAAAAUACAACAAACUUUUUUGUUUGUGCAACUUGCUAAAUUGGAUACCGAGAUGUGGAAAAUAAAACUAGCGGUUGAUCAUGUCCGAAGUAAACCCAAUGAAGUUAUCAUUUUUGUUGUUGUAACAUCCAGCCAAUUUAAAAACAAAAAUUAAUCAUUUUGAGAUAACUUACUAUACUGUACAUCUAGGAUAACCAAAAUUGGGAUCAUUUUAGUUUUAUAAGCUUAAUUUGGAUUGUGAAUGAUAAGGAUUUUGAUAAUAUUUUGGGUAUAGCAGUCACAUUUCUAUUUUUUUUUUUUUAAUUUCCAAAGUGAUAUUUUGAUGGUAAAAUCAGGGACAAUGGAAAGUGGGUCUUUUAGAGCCUUAUAAAAAUCAGUGACGUUAUGCAAUUUGCAUUUAGUCUCGGUAUUUCUUACAGUGCACAUUUAUGUACUAUUUAUAAGACUGUUGAAUAUAAAAUUUGAGUAAAGAAAUGGCCUUUAGCGGAAUUUUUAUUCAAUCAUUCUGCCAAUAUCUUAUUAAAUGUCACUAUCUUAAAAUUGCUGUUUUAUAAAAGCACAGUAAUGUAGUGUCCCACUGUGUGGGAUGGCUGCAGUAGAAUUAAUUUGUAUUAUUCUACAUUAAUAUUAAAGUGUACCAGUGCAAAUAAAAAGCAAUGUACAUCUUGACAUGUAAGAUGCUCGUCUGUUCUCCAGCAGAUAACAUGUGCAUGUGAGCCGUUACUUUUCUUAAAUUAAUAGGUUACAUUUGUAGCAUUGGUUAUGAAAACAUGCAAAACAUGACCUAUUAAAAGAGAAGACGAGUUGAUAUGUGAGUUAUAAGUGUAUGGUUGUCAGUAUGUUUACAUUGACUACUAUAAAUAGAAGUAUUUAAAGUAUUUAAUGCAAAAUAAUUAAUGGUUUAAAUACAGUUUUAUUAAACUU